AUGCCUCCUGGGCGUGGGCCUCUCGCCCUUGUGGCGUCGGCAUUGCUAGUGGAAACGGUCCACGCAAUACCGACCACACAUUUUGACCGAUUCUUCCCGUUUUGGAAUGACCCGGGCAUCAGCUGCAUCUUCGAGACCCUGCCUGAACACAGGAAGGCUGAUUUGAACGCCAGCGCCAUCAUCCUGGGCCUGUUGCCAACAAGUUUGUACCGUAGUAAAGUUUGGGCAGCACACCGCCUGAAACGGGCGCUGCUCUCCCUGCAACGCCCCUUUGGCCCCCUGCUCGCCACGCUGCUAGCUCUUGGAAGCCCGUCAGUUACGGCCAUGGAAACUAGUACUACGUACAGGGCAGGGCAGUAA